UGGGCCCUCCCCGGGCAGCAAGCAAGCAGAGGGCAUGGCGGCUCUGCAGGCCCGCAGCGUGCUGCUCACCGGCUCCAACCGCGGCAUCGGGCUGGAGUUGGUCAGGCAGCUGCUCGGGGGUCCUCACCCACCCACCCACAUCUUUGCGACCUGCCGGGACCCAGAGGGACCGCGGGGGAAGGAUCUGAGAGAUCUGGCAUCUAAACACCCAAACCUGAUGCUGGUGAAGCUGGAUGUUGCAGAUCCCUCAGCGAUUGUCAACGCGGCAAAGGUUGUGGAGGGGAAGCUGAACGGCGCAGGGCUGAACCUGCUGAUAAACAAUGCUGGCAUCUUUACCCCGGUGUCACUGGAGACGGUGGACUCUGAAGAGAUGAUGCGGGCAUACAAGACCAAUGCAGUGGGACCGCUGCUGAUGGCCCAGGCGUUCCUGCCCCUCUUGAAGAAGGCUGCCCAGGACAGCAAGGAAAAAAGACUGAGUUGCAACAAGGCAGCCAUCAUCAACAUCUCCACCCUCUUGGGGUCCAUCGAGAGAACUCCUGAGUCCUACUUCAAGCCGGUCAUCUCCUACCGCUGCAGCAAGGCUGCCCUCAACAUGCUCACCAGGUGCCAGUCUCUGACCUAUGGUGAGGCUGGGAUCCUGUGCGUGGCACUUCACCCCGGCUGGGUGAAAACUGACAUGGGCACCCAGGAGGCUGACCUGACGGUGGACACGAGUGUGCGGGGGCUGCUGUCAGUGCUGCCCAUCCUCUCUGAGAAGCACAGCGGGAUGCUGCUCAACUGGGAAGGCAAAGCAAUUCCAUGGUGAGCCCUUUGAGGGACCACGCAGUGCCAGGGGUACCCUGAGUCCCCAGGAUGAUCAUCACGGUGUGGCAUGCAAGUAACCUACCCAGGACUCUGCCACUGGCUGUGCAGGGCAGGCUGUGAUCCCUGCAUCUGAAUGGCUAAUAAACACAAUGGUCAAUUAA